CUUGUACUAGCGAGAUCCAAUCACUUCUCGUUUUAUAAAUUCAUUUCGGCUCAACAGCCAACAUGGCUGUUCUUGAUAGACUGGAAAGAAAAAUUACAAUAUUUGCGAUUCAGACUCGUUGUAUUUUACUUUUUCUACAGAUUGUGUUUAAUACUUUAUUUCCUGACCACGAUGCAGAUGUUUUCAAUCCUCCAACAAACUCUGUUGUUGUAAGUGGAGCUGUGGACAAAAUUGCUGAAAGAGCAUUAAGUGGACUUAAUCGCUGGGAUGCAGUGUAUUUCAUGCACAUAGCAGAGCAUGGCUAUAUUUAUCAAAACAGUCUAGCAUUUUUCCCUUUGUUUCCUUUUUUAGUCAGAGUCACUGCAAAUACCCUGUUUUAUCCUUUGCAGUUUUUAUUAAUUUACAGAAAUGUAUUAAUGAUUUCAGCAUUAUUUUGCAAUGUGUUUCUGUUUAUACUAACAGUGAAAUUAUUAUUUAGACUUGGUUGUAAUGUUUUAGGAAACACAUAUAUAGCAUACAAAGCUUGCCUCUUGUUUUGUAUAAACCCAGCCAGCAUAUUUAUGAUAGCUUCUUAUUCUGAAAUUUCAUACUUUUUCUUUGUGGUAAAUGGACUUGUAAAUUUUGAAAGCAGUAGUAAGAUAUCAAGUGUCUUCUGGUUUGCUUUAGGCACACUAGCUAGAUCUAAUGGCUUGAUGAACUUUGGGUUUAUACUUUAUGAGAGUUUUAUUUUCUUGAUAAAAAAUCUUAAGACUUUCAUAUCAGGUUUUUCUAAAGAGGAUAGCAAAAAUAUUUCCCUGUCUUUUAGAUUUUUUUCCUAUUUAAAUAUUGCUCUUGUGCAGUUGAUAUAUUUGUUAAUUCUCAUAUCUUUGUUCAUUGUGCCAUUUAUUUUAUAUCAAACCUAUUACAUCAAUGCAAUGUUUUGUAAAACCGAUAGCAGCAAGUUGUUAGACAUUCCUGACUUUUUGAUUGUGUAUGGGCAAGAAAGAGACUAUCAUAUUAUAGGAGAAAAUAUACCUCCCUGGUGUAACUCCUCCAUCUCUUUAUCUUAUGGUUAUGUGCAGAGUUCUCAUUGGGGGGUAGGGUUUAUGAAAUAUUAUGAAUUUAAACAAAUUCCAAAUUUCUUACUCGCCAUGCCAGUGACUUUACUUAGCAUUGGUUGUGUGUUGUCAUAUUACAAAUGGAACAAGAGGACAUGCCACACUCUUGGAAUUGAGACAGAAAUAUCAGAUUUUAAAAAAAGUGAUGAAGGAGGCAGAUGUGUUUGGAAUAAUCACCGAAUUCUUCCUUAUGUCGGCCAUAUUCUGGUGUUGACAGUGUUUGGGUGGAUAUUUGUUCAUAUUCAGGUGCUGACAAGACUGCUGUUUUCGGCCUCGCCCGUUCUGUACUGGUUCUCGGCCUACUGUACAACAGGGGAGACUCAGACCAAGGUUCCCGUCAGGAACAAGUAUGACGUCAUGAAAAAAUCCGAGGACAUUUCUAACGUGGAGAGAGUAGAGAAUCUCCAGCACUCAGUGAAAAAUAUCAUCACAGACCAGAUCAUGAAUUUCAGCCAGCAAACAUUUGUUACUAAAUUAAUUUUGGCUUAUUUUCUGAUUUAUUUUGUUGUUGGCACUUUUAUGUAUUGUAACUUUCUACCUUGGACAUGAUGCCCAUAUUCUUUGUUCAUUUUUUAAUUGUUUAGAAAUAUUGUUAUAUAUAACUUUGUACCAAAACAAACGGGGCAUUUUCCUUACACUUUUUUUUCUUGUUGUUGAAGCUGUUUCUUAUACAUAUAUUGGUAUCUCAUUUGAUGAUUUGUGUUAUAAUAUGGGUAUCUUCUAAAAUCAUUUAAUAUGAGUGCAACAAUAACUUAAACUGCCAUGGUGUGUU